GCGAACUAGAAAUUUGUCGUCUGCAACAAACACAAGGAGCUUUUGCCAUCGUUUGUUGUGCAUAAAUGUCUUUCGCGAUUUGAGCGGAGAGCUAAGCUCCGAAUGCGCCCGAGCUCUGCCGCGCAAAUUAAGGCAAAACUGACAAAGCAUAUCGAGCAAGCUGCUCGGCUUAUAUGGAUCUUGGUACGGUCACUGCGAUAUGGAGUUAAAAGACAAUAAAUAUGAAUAACUUUGAAAAGAUUGAGAAGAUUGGUGAAGGCACUUAUGGAGUGGUUUACAAGGCAAAAGACUUGAAAUCUGGAAAAACCGUCGCAUUGAAGAAAAUACGACUGGAUACUGAAUCAGAAGGUGUCCCAAGUACUGCCAUCAGAGAAAUUGCACUCUUGAAAGAACUGGACUACAAGAACAUAGUCAAAUUACAUGAUGUUGUGCACAGUGAUAAGAAGCUGUAUCUUGUCUUUGAGUUCAUGAACCAGGAUCUAAAAAAAUACAUGGAUGUUGCCCCUCCAUCUGGUCUACCAACAGCUUUAGUCAAGAGUUAUCUUCAGCAACUUCUACAGGGUAUAGCAUAUUGCCAUGCACACCGUGUCCUUCACAGAGACCUUAAACCUCAGAAUCUGCUCAUUGAUGCAGAAGGCCGUAUCAAACUUGCUGAUUUUGGACUAGCAAGAGCAUUUGGGGUUCCUGUCAGGACAUAUACUCAUGAGGUUGUCACAUUAUGGUACAGAGCGCCAGAGAUAUUACUAGGCUGCAGGUAUUACUCUACAGCUGUGGAUAUCUGGAGUAUAGGAUGUAUCUUUGUAGAGAUGAUAACAAGGAGAGCUCUAUUCCCGGGUGAUUCUGAAAUUGACCAGCUCUUCAGGAUAUUCCGGACAAUGGGCACUCCAGAUGAAAAACUCUGGCCUGGGGUCACUUCUCUACCCGACUACAAAACCAGUUUCCCAAGAUGGUCACCUCAGGAUUUCAGCAAGAUAGUCCCCAUGCUCAAUAAAGAUGGCAAGGACCUACUCAAGUCUAUGCUUUGCUAUGAACCAGACAAGAGGAUAUCAGCCAAGACAGCUCUCUCACAUCCAUAUUUCAAGGAUGUUAAACUAGUGCCUCCUCCUCAUCUUCCAACAUGAUCAGUUUGUACCAUGCAAAACCUUCCUAUAGAUAAAAUGUAUGUGUUGAAGAGAGAUAUUACCUUAUUUAUUACACAUCUUUGUGUAUAUUAUGUAUAAAUUGUGAGAAAGGGUUUGUGUUUUGUUUCUGGUUAUUUUGUGGUGUACAUGACAAUAUUCCACUUGCUUGUAUUAACUUUUGAGCAGUCUGCUUGCUCUAGGAUUGUUAUAAUAAGAUCAUCAUACACAAAUUUCAUGCCUGAAAAAUUAUAUAGGUUGAGUGACAAAGCAGUGUAUCUCAAAUCUAAUGACCUGUUUUCUGAAGGAUAAAAAGACAUGGUUGAUAUGUUAGUACACUCUGUUAUGGUAUCCUUAAUUCUCAGAGCAAUAGUGACUUCAUCUCUGCAUUUAGCAUUUUGAGAAAUAUAAGGUAUGACAAGACAAUUUUAUCUCAAGUUAUAAAGCAUGAAAAAAACACACCAAGUUUCAUUACCUAAUUGAAUACAUGUGCCUUUAAUGUGUUUAAAGAUAUUAAAUAUGUUAAACAAACUAAAGUGCCAAUAUUUUUUAUCAGAACAGUGCCUUAGUAUGAGUUAGUGCCUUGCUUCAUUAAACUUGUCAACAAAUGCUACCAUGUAAUAUGAAUCUAUUAUUCAAUCAAAUGUGUUGAUUUCAGUAGCUAAAACAAGUGUAUUGGAAUAUGGUGCUGUUUCAUUAAAAUAAUUAUUAUAAUGAAUCUAAAUGACUGUCAAUUUCUGCUAUCAGCCAAUCAAGUAAUGCAGACUCUAAACAUUUAUGUCAAUUGUAUAUUUUUUUUUGGAACAAGUUUCAUGAAAUGUGACAAAGAUCCAGAAAAGUGAUCCCCAACAAGCUGAAAACAUACAGGUUCUAGAACUCCAGAGGAUAUUUCCCAUAUUGGUGUAAAAUUUGGUAUAAAAGUAGUUGCCCUGAUGAGUAAGGUGACUUCUGAGGAUGACAAAGACUUAAAGAGAUGGUUUCCACCUUGUGAGAUGUGUUGUACAUAAUUUAUUUUGGGAUUUGUCCUCCCAGAGGAAUUGACCCGUUGAAGUAGAUCAUUUCAUUCAUUGUUAAUUAACAGAGUACUGUUGAACCUAGUAAUAUAAUAUAUAACUUGAUUGUCAUGUAAGUGUUUCCCAGGAGAGCAUUUCAUGAAACUAAUAGUGAUUUCAGCAAUCAGAUUCUUGCAUCUGAUUUACUCAUAACAAAUUUGUCAGUUAAGAUCAGCCAUUGUUUCAUGAAUACUCCCCAGAAAUGUGAUUCAAGGUGGUCAUGAGUGGCCAAUGUGACAUACCAGAACAUGUGCAGGGGAUUAGACAUGGCUUGUGGUUUGUGUAAUCCAGAUAUCCAUUUGAGUCUUCCUUGCUAUUAUUCGUUAAUAUCACAUGAAUUACUUCAGCCUUGGUAAGCUCCUUAUCAAUGUGCCUUAGUUUUAGAGUUGCCAUGACAUCUAUUUAUGAAUUAGGGUUUUGUUUUCAUAAACUCAUUAAUGCAGCAAUAUAUUCUUGUAGUUUGAUUUUAUCUCAUGUAAAAUGGGUUUGCAUGAUAAUAUAUUUGAACAGCUGAAUAUGAGUGAAUUUUAGGUAAAUUAGACUGGUAAAGCAUUAUACACAUUUGUGAAUAUAUCUUGCUCUUAACUGAAUUUUCAAUGUGUGUAGCUAGAAUGAUGAUAUACUUCAUAUGCUGAAUGUUAUUUCUGCAAAGUUUCUCACUUCCUGAUGUCCAUAUACAUAUAGCAUACAAAAUGAUUGAAGGCAAAAUGUAAUAACAAAUAUAAUAAACUUGAAAAUUUGAAAGUCAUCUUUCUGAUGCAAAUUGCAAAAAAAGUAUUUAUACAAAUAUGGCAUGUUUAUUGUCAUUCAAAGAUUUUUGGAUAUGAGCUAGAGAUUAAUGUAGUAAUUGUGAUUUAUCAGUACCAAUCUUCUUUGCUAUGCAAUGUGAUGUGUAAUAUUGAUCACGAUUAAUUGAUUUCCUAACUUCAAUCAUUCCUCAAUUUUUUUAGCCUUAUCAAAUUUCUACACACUAUUUUGGCCUUGUGACAAUGUAUGAAACAUAUUUUUUCUUUUCUUGGAAGAUUAAACAAUAAUUUUAUACGCUGAAAAUCUUCAAAUUGGAUGUGAAAAAUCAAAGAUUCUCUGGAUUUCAAGAAACAGUUCUAAGAGCCAAUGUCACACUAUUUGUGUGUAUUUUAUUAUAUGCUAUAUUGUAUGUUGCUUUUGAGUCCAAAUACAAGAUUAGCAAUCACACAUGUUCCAGGUUGACUCAAACCAUGUCUUACCUGAUCGGAGGAAUAAAAAGGAAGUAUUUCAUAUGAAAUAAAGAAAAAUAGCAGGUGUGAACCAACAUACAUUAUAUCCAAUAUAGAUGAAAUUUUCAGCAUUAAUGCUCUUUUUUUUCAAUUUAUUCAAACCGACUUGUUUGGGUAGACUUUCAAGAAUGCAUAAAGAACUUUAUAUUAUAUAUGGCUGUUCAGAUUCUCCCAAUGGCUUAGCUUUUGUUUAUUUGCAAACCUCAUUAUGUCUUAUAGCAUAUUUCCUUUUUUGGGGGGGAUGGGUGGGUAGGAGUAAUAAUACUUGAUUAUCUCAUCAGUUAUUUCUGUAAAAGUUCUAUCAUUGCCUAGUGUAUAUAUACUGUACAUGUAUACUUUUUUCAGAAGAUUUUUUCACCAUAUGCAAAGAACGAGUUGAACUAUUCUUCAAUUUUGUACCAUUUUGUGUAAUAAAGAUGCUUUUUGAUCAACAAAUAUUUUAUCAAAUGUUUUCACUAUGUAGAAGGCUUUAUAGUUGGAAGUGAUUGCAGGGAUUCUAUCAUUCUGAAUACAUAGUACUGAACGGAUGGAAGAAAAACUUUUUCUGUAAUAGACAUGUGCAACAAUAUUAUUUUGAACUGAUACUUCCCAUGAAACUUGAAGGAUUUUUAAUGAAAAAAUGAAAAUCAUAAAUACUGCAAUAAAAAAAUAGCAGAUGGCAUCCAUGUGACCACUUGUGAAAAAGAAUGGACCGAAAUUGGAGAAAUAGGGGGGGGAGAAUAAGAGAACAG